UUAAAUGGUGCGCCCAGUCUAAUCCUACAACCCGAAUCAGCGGGCCGAUUUCGGUGGAACCCGUUCAGAGGAUACCUCAGAGGGUCAUAAGGUUGCCGAUUGUGUAGCUGUUUAAGUGAGAAGCCAAGAAUACAAGUGGUCAACCAAGCAACUUCUGGAGGAGAGGUUGUUCGCGUGUGAAAUAGUGGCUCAAGUCUGUAAGUAGUGAAAAUGUACGCGAUCCGCCUGUUCAUUCUGUCACUGGCUGCCAUCGGAGUGCACUCCAGUUAUGCACUGCCACCGUCCACGUUUGGCGAGGCGAUCGCUAGUGCCGGCCAGUUGUCGAACAAAUUGAAGGAAACGGUCGCAUGGAAAACGUUCACCGGCAUUGCGCGCGAUUCCGACUCGAUCAAUUCGCUGGUGCGGAUCAUACCGCGUACGACGAUGGGUUUCGUGCGGGAUGUGGUCAGUUCGUUCAAGCGCGAGUCGCGUGCCAUCAUUCUCACCAAAAACGGUGCCCUGGAGGGACGAUUGCAGCAGGUGAAGGGUGGCGGAUCGGGCUUCUUCUACGCGUUCAAGGGCAUCCGGUACGGACAGGCCCCGAUCGGUGAGCUACGGUUCCGUGCGCCCAUCCCGGAGACUCCCUGGAAGGGCAUCCGAAGUGCAAACCAGGAGGGUUCCGUUUGUCCUCAUCGUAACAUGAUACUGGACAACUAUAAGGGCAACGAGGACUGUCUGUUCCUGAAUGUGUACUCACCGGAGCUACCGGUAGGCGAGGACAACCCGUCGCUGCCCGUGUUCGUGUGGAUUCAUGGUGGUGCCUUUUCGUUUGGUUCCGGAAAUUCCUUCCUCUACGGACCGGACUAUCUCGUCCCGAACGGGGUCGUGCUGGUGACAUUCAACUAUCGUCUUGGGCCACUCGGAUUCCUUUCUGUAGGUCGUGACUCACCAGGCAACGCCGGUCUCAAGGAUCAGUUGUUGGCGCUCAAGUGGGUUCAGGAGAACAUCGCUGCAUUCGGUGGCGAUCCAGACCAGGUGACCAUAUUUGGCCAGUCCGCUGGUGCAGUUUCGGUGCAGCUGCUCACGCUAUCCCCACUGACGAAGGGGCUCUUCCACAGGGCGAUAGCCCAGAGCGGGUCAGUCCUUAAUCCGUGGGCCAUCGCACGUGACACGAAAAGGCGUGCCUUCCAUCUUGGCCAGCUGUUGGGCAUUCGGACGAACGAUACGGACGAACUGUUGGGCCAGCUACGCCGUGUGCCGCCACAGAAGAUCGUAGAUGCCGCCCUCAAGACACUGACGGCGGAAGAUGUGCGUAAAAGCAUCGGGCUACCGUUUGUACCGUCGCUAGAGGACUGGACCGGAGAGGAUGCUUCCAGUGAUGAGCCGCUGCUGCGGGAAGAACCACUGGAACUGCUGAAGAGUGGCCGCUACCAUCACGUCCCAAUGAUCGUUGGGUUCAACUCGCACGAAGCGAUGCUGUUCUUGAGGCGUGUGCGCAAGGAUCCAAACCUACUACAAACGCUCGACAGUGACUUUGAGCGGCUGAUACCGACCAACCUGCAUGUGAACCGUGAAUCGGACGAGGGCCGAGAGUUCGCGAGCAAAAUGAAACAGUUCUAUCUGGGUGAUAGACACGUUUCGAACGAAACCAUCCAGGAGAUGAUGAAUCUUAUGUCCGAUGUGAUGUUCCUGCACGGGAUAACGGAUGUCGCCCGGAUACAUGCGUCCCACAAUGGUCCUAACUCGACCUGGGUGUACCGGUUCGGGUACGAUGGUGCGCUCGGUAUCUACAAGCGGAUACUGGGCAUCAAUUGGCCCGGUGCUUGCCAUGGCGAUGAGCUGGGUUACCUGUUUCACUUUGGGUUUCUCAACCUCCGGCUAGACAGUUCGUCUCCCGAGCUCCAGGUGAUGCAGAAGAUGACCCGCAUGUGGACUAAUUUCGCAAAGUAUGGCAACCCAACGCCUUUCGGUGAGGACGAGCUGGUGCUGGGCAUUAACUGGCCAUCGGUGAUACCGAACACGACGACCGAGCUACCAUACCUGGACAUCGCUGGGUCGCUUGCUAGCAAAAUUAAUCCCGAUGCGGUAAGGUUACGGUUCUGGGAUGAUGCCUUCACCCAGUACAAUGGCAAUUUGCUGUAACGAGCCAACUGUGCAGCGGUGUACUGCAAGCGGUCACUGGUCGGAUUGGCAACGGCCGAGACCCCAACGGAUGGUGCAAACAAAAAAACCAAGACAAACUAGCGGUAUAGUGAACAGGGUUUUAGUGCUUGCCAAAAGAUAGUGUCGUUAUCUGCCAUUUCUAAAACACGUGUUUGCAGCCCAGCAGCGCACUACGGUGCACAUAUUGUUAUAGCAUUUCCGCUAGAAUGUUUCACUAAAACGGGGAAUGUAGUAUAUAUUUUUAGAUGAAUCGUUAUGUUUUGUUCAAUCCACUGAUAGAGUGUUAGAGCGUACCGAAUAGUAAUUAUGCAUCGAAGCCAGUUGAAACUAU